AUGCCUGCCACCGAGGGAGGAGCCCUCUUAGGGGCUUCGGGGCUCCGCAGAGGACCUGGGGCGGGGGAGACCAGAGGGGGUCAACCGAGGGCAGCCCGCCAGAGCCUCGCGGGCCACCGGGCCCGCCCGAACAAAGGGCCCCGGCUCCCGGGAAGGACGAGGCCCAGAGCGGGCGCUCGCCGCAUUCCCGGGCUGCGACCCUCCGACGCCGGACGGCCGCCUUUACCUGGUCCUCAGGCGGGAGGACGCCGCAUCGAGCGCCCGCGACACUCCGGCCGGUCAGGUGGGCGGAGAAAAGGGGGUGCCCGGACCGCCACCGCCUUCGCCGCGUCCGCCGCCUCCGCCGACUUCCCUGGAGCCGCCGCGCUGGGGCCAGAGGCGAGAGCAGAGAGGCGCGAGCGGCUGGCGGGCGAGGGAGGGAGCGAGCGCGCGCUGCGCGGAGACACACUGCCGCCCUCAGGAGGCUGGAGGAAGCGCAGCCAAGUCGCGGCCGCGCGGGGAAAGCCGAGGAAGCCUGCGGACCCGACCCAUCCAGGCACACCGCCGGCUCUGCCCCCCCCCCCCGCCAACCCCGCCCCCUUCCGGCGCGCGACGCACUCUCCCUCCCGCGCCCAGCCGGCCGAGCGCAACCCCGCGAGCGCGGCCUCUGCGCGCCCACCUUCUCUGUCCCUCUGGCUCCCUGCCCUGGAACCGCUUAACGGAAAAUUCACAUCUUCCCAGGCUCCGCAGUGA